AUGAUCUGAUAACAAUACAUUUUAUCUGUACUUGAUGAAUAUGAAUUUUAUGGCUCUUCUAUCUACCUCUCAUCUCUUAUACACCAUACAUGGUACCUACCUACCUAAUCCCAUCUCUCCUUUUAUUACUGUCUCACUUACCGCCAUAUUCUACCUCCGACUGAAUCCCCUCAAUCUUCACAUCCAGCCUAGCCCAAACAGGAAGUGGCCCAGUUUGCAUCGGCCGCUAAAAUGUCGUUCCCGUCAAUCUCCUGCAUUUUUAACUUUAGAAUCACGCGCCGGCCCUCUCCCUGCCCUCUCAUUCGCUGCUCCUCCACCAUCGCGCCUAGCUCUCCACCAACCAGGGCCAAAGGUGCAGGGAUUCCCUGUUCUGUCACAACUUUCAGCAUGCCCCUUCCAUCCAAUUAACAGUCAUACUCGGAGUGUCCGUGAAGAAGCCAAGAGGGGUUUCGAGGGGUUUGUCCGUCUUACUUGGUCUUGAUUGGCUGGAGGUCUGGAAAUUCAUGUCACUGACCAUCCUGUGGUCAUCCUUCUUCUUCUUCCCCUCCCUCGGACGCCCUGAAUCCGUCGCCUUCUUCUAUCCUCGACUUGCUUUUCUACCUUUACCUCGCAUCGAUCGGCUGUGAUAUUUUGGUCGAUCCCGGUUCAGAAUGGUCCACUGCUCUUAGCUCUUCUUCUCCACUUGCCAUGCCGUUUCCCCUGCGACCUCGACUCCUCUUAUAUAUCUAAAGCUUUCGCUAUCUGCAGGCGGCCGAUCAGUUCAUUUCUUCCAAAUUUUCGUCACCAUCGCUUCUUUCGCUGGUCGAAAGACUCCCACCAUCACUCCCCAUCUGCAUCCAUCUCGAUCGCAAUGGGAAGACUAAUCAAGAAUCACUGGGGACGUUUAAUCAUUCUCACUGCUGCAGCC